AUCUGUCAAAAUGGAGUCAUAGAUUCCAAAACAAAGAAUGCGACAUGGGAAACGACUUCGUAUUUGGUCGUGGAGUGAUUUUUUCGUAAAUAAUUACCAGGAAAUGGUCACGUCGAGCGUUACGUAGUUUUAAACGCCGCCAUGGAUCCCCUGAGACAGCUGAUGAGCGCGUGCGAGCAGGGAGAUGUGCAGUUGGCCGAGGCGAUGUUGGACGAAGGUCUGCCUGUGGACAGUACAGACGACAUGGGCAACUCGCCACUGACAGUCGCCGCGGCGAAUGGGCAUGAUCAGGUUGUGCGGAUGCUGAUGAUGCGUGGUGCUGCUGUUGAUAAGAAAAACCUGUACGGAUGGACACCAGUAAUGCAGGCUGCCAGACAUGGUCACAACAACAUUAUUGCUCUAAUUCUGCAACAUCAGGUCGACAUGAAUGCCACAAAUGCAUAUGGAAUGACAGCCUUGACUUUAGCAGCAAAGGGAGGGCAUCUACAGGUUGUGCGAUUGCUAGUUGAAGGAGGGGCUGACAUCAACACCCAGGGAAAUGCCUGUGAAUAUACUCCACUGAUGGUUGCAGCUCAAAAUGGCCAUGAUGCUGUCUUACGACUUCUUUUAGACAGGGGUUGUGAUGUUAAUUAUAAGACUGCUUCAACAGGCUUAACUCCUUUGAUGUUGGCAUCUCUAAAUGGCCAUAUGACUACUGCGCAAAUUCUUAUAGAAAGGGGUGGAGAUCCAAACCUUUGCAAUGUCUUACAGCACACUGCUUUAGCAGUAGCAGCAAUGAGAGGAAAGCGAGAAGUGAGAGGUUUUCUUGAAAGGAAAACUACUAAUAAAACAAUAGUUGAACCUGAAGAAAGGAAACCGGAUGUUAUUGAAGCAGCUAAACAAGGCAAUAUUCAGCGGAUACGUGACAUCCUUGACAUAGAUGUGAGUCAACGUGACACGUGCUCACCUCAAGAUGGCGCCACACCACUGAUGUUCGCUGCAAUGACAGGACGGUUGGAUAUCGCUCAGCUCCUGGUAGAGAGGGGCUGCAACAUCAACAAGCAGGACAAUAUCAGUGGCUGGACCGCCCUCAUGCAGGCCACGUAUCACGGGAAGAAGUCCGUGGCAAUAUUCCUGAUCAAUGUGUGUGCUGAUGUGACAAUCCAGGCUAAAAAUGGGUGCACUGCAUUUGACAUGGCAUCACUGAUUGAUGAUGUUGACACAGACCUGCUGCGUCUGCUUGCGAAAGCCAUGCACAUGAAUAAAGGAGACAAACCAAAGAAUCCGCGCAGCUGGCCAAAACAGAACGGAACUACACAAUCACUUACAUUUACCUCAGACCAGCUAAUGGAUGAUCAACCAAAAAGUGGACUAAAGGGCUGGCUGAACAGACUGUCCAACCGGUUCCGGAACCUGAAGAUCGGACGCACGUUUAACAGUACGUCCAGCACGCGCCUGGUCCCUCUCACACUGGAGGGGCAGACGGAGAGCCUUCAUGACAUACCAGCUCAGAUUGCAGCUCACAGUCCACAAGUGUCUCCCAAGAAGAACAACUUUGUAAUGGAGCCUGUGGCCAAGUCCAUGACAAGCUAUGAGACCAUGAAACAGGAGACGAAGAAAAGUGCUGCACUUUACACACUUGAUAUCAACCCGCCCCAUUCCAAUGUGUCCAGCGACACCUUGAAGCCAGUUAUCCCCCCUUUUUUGCCCCCACCCUCAUUUGAUCUCGACAGCCCUGGCCGACCCUGGAGAGGACUUGGGGGUCGAGCAAAAACUACAAUGACAGGCCUCGAUGGAAACAGCUCUGUAAGUUCAGGUCAUGAGAGGCCAAUACUACGGCCGAUGAAGUUCCUGCAGAACACACAGAGCAGUGGAUUUGCCAGUCAGAUCUCACCCACUAACUCUGCUAGAUUCACACAAAACAGUAGUAACCCAAGCCCAAACUCAUCUGGUGACCAGAGUACCGGCCUGUUCAUGCCCACGCCAUCGUCUUUCACUACGGAGAGGAACCCAAUGUUCUCUGAGAGGAACCCAAUGUUCUCCACCCCCAGCUAUACCUCCUCAAGGAUCUUCAUGCCCAGAAAGCCAUCAGUGUUACGGACCAUGUCCAACACAACAUCCCCAAACAGUUCCACUAGCGGCACCAGUGGUACGAGCGGCAGUUCCUCCCAGACGCCCAUACGCUCCUCACGGGGACGUAGCACGUCAUCCAAGGGAAGCACCAACUCCACACUUACACCAUCUCCCUCACCAACACCUGGCAAGUACGCAGAUGAGAACGGACCAAUGCUGGACUCUGUGAAUGAAAUUGAGGCAGGGCCUGGAGAUGAAUUGUCUGUUAUUUUGAAGAAGUUGUCUCUAGAAAAGUAUCAGCCAAUAUUUGAGGAACAAGAGGUGGACAUGGAAGCUUUCCUGACCCUGACGGAUGAUGAUCUCACAGAGCUGGGCAUUUCUCAUGUAGAAUCUCGCAAACAGAUCCUCACGGAGAUAUCGGAGCUCAACACUGGAAAGGCACGCGAUCGCCGCCAGUUCCACGACACCAUGCAGUCCUUCCAGACAACACUGAAGGCAAAGCAAUCUGACGUUGCAAGUAGCUGUGCCAGUAUUGGACAGACCUGGCUGAGUCCUGGAGAAGUUGAGACAGAAUGAAUCUCUUUGACGUACUCAGUUUUUGUAAUGUUAGAUUAUUGACUCGCAUGGUGUGGAGAGAUACAUAAGUUUCAGCCACAACUACAUACUCAAACAUACUUCUAGCUAUAAUGGAUGAGAGAAAAGCGUCAGGGUUUUAUCAAUGGACCAUCUUUUCUGCGCAGUUUUUGUUUUGUAAAAACGUCACAAAAGCAAUCCAACACUAAUUGAAUGUUAUUCAAGACCUAACACUGUAUUAAAUUUACUAAAUAGAUGACAUUAUGAAA